CUCUCAAUCUCUCUCUCUCUCUCUCUCUCUCUCUCUCUCGCUCUCUCUUGUUCUUUCUCUCUCUCGCUCUCGCUCUCUUUGAUUCAGAGUUUUUGGGAUCUCUCGUUCUUUGGGUUCUUUAGCGCAAAUCCGCCAUGGAAGGAGGGUUUCUUCCAGAUCAGCAUCAAGAAAUUUGCAACGAUGGUGUUUUGUCAUGUGAAUCGAAGGAGUUUUCUGCAAACAAUCACAAUUCCGACGCUGUGGAAGAAAAUGAGGAUUCUAUUACAAGUGGAAGCCAAGAAGUUUCUCCUGCCAAUGGACCAACACUUCCAAUUUUGCAGAAAAUUAUCGACUUCAGUAACAAAAUUAAGGUCUUGAAGGAUGAACAUGCUUUGGUUUCGACCCAAGUGAAAGAGAUCAAGAAUUGUUCCUUUGUAAAACCAGAAAUUUCCAGAGCUCUCCAGCUUUUGACUACUAAGCUUGGAACUGUGGAAAAACAGUACUUGGACGAGUCAUCAGAGAGGAAGCGAUUAUACAAUGAAGUGAUCGAACUCAAGGGAAAUAUCAGGGUCUUUUGCAGAUGCAGACCUCUAAACCAAGCUGAAAUAGCAAAUGGUUGCGCUUCUGUAGCUGAGUUUGAUCCGACACAGGAAAACGAGCUCCAGAUACUUUCAUCUGAUUCCUCCAAGAAGCAUUUUAAAUUUGACCAUGUCUUUAAGCCUGAAGAUGGCCAAGAGGCUGUUUUUGCACAGACGAAACCUAUAGUUACUUCGGUACUGGAUGGGUAUAACGUCUGCAUAUUUGCCUAUGGCCAAACUGGAACUGGCAAGACAUUUACAAUGGAGGGAACACCAGAGAAUAGAGGAGUGAACUAUAGGACCUUAGAAGAACUAUUUCGCUGUUCAGAAAGCAGAAGUCAUCUCACGAAGUUUGAGCUAUCGGUUAGCAUGUUGGAGGUUUAUAAUGAGAAGAUAAGGGACCUCCUAGUAGAUAACUCAAACCAGCCCCCUAAAAAGUUGGAGGUAAAGCAAUCAGCAGAAGGGACACAAGAAGUCCCAGGAUUAGUCGAAGCUCAAGUUUACAAUACAGAUGGGGUGUGGGAUCUGCUCAAGAAAGGAUAUUGUGUUAGAUCUGUGGGUUCAACAGCUGCAAAUGAGCAAAGCAGCCGCUCUCAUUGCUUGCUGCGAGUGACAGUGAAGGGAGAAAAUUUGAUAAAUGGUCAGAGAACCAGAAGUCAUCUUUGGUUAGUGGACUUGGCUGGCAGUGAGCGAGUAGGAAAGGUAGAAGUUGAAGGAGAAAGGCUGAAAGAAUCUCAAUUUAUCAAUAAGUCGCUUUCGGCACUUGGUGAUGUUAUCUCUGCCCUUGCAUCCAAAACAAGCCACAUUCCUUACAGAAACUCGAAGCUCACCCAUAUGCUGCAAAACUCUUUGGGUGGAGAUUGCAAGACAUUAAUGUUCGUCCAGAUUAGCCCGAGUUCGGCCGAUCAAGGAGAGACACUUUGCUCCUUAAACUUUGCAAGUAGAGUCCGGGGGAUCGAAAGUGGACCUGCCCGGAAACAGGCGGAUAUGUCUGAACUCCUCAAGUCAAAACAAAUGGCCGAGAAGCUGAAACAGGAGGAAAAGGAAACGAAGAAACUGCAGGACAGUGUGCAGUCACUACAGCUACGCCUCACUGCUAGAGAACACAUAUGCAGAGGACUUCAGGAUAAGGUUCGAGAUCUGGAAUUUCAACUAGCAGAAGAAAGAAAGACCAGAAUCAAGCAGGAGACACGAGCUCUAGCAACUGCAUCAUCAUCAUCAACAACGUCUAAACAUAUGAGAGAGACAUUACCGACAAUCACUGAGAAAAAACCGCCUUUAGCUCCAACAAGAAUGCGAAUGCCACUCAGAAGAAUCACAAACUUCAUGCCCCAACAACCAUCUCAGGGUCCUUCUAAGAGAUUCUCAGACACAACAUUAAAAGAGAACAAUAACAGCCUCAGAAGACCAUUCAAAGAGAACAAUAACAGCCUCAGAAGAUCAUCAAUCAUGGACGUGAGUACGCUAAUGAAACCAAGAAGAAGCUCCAUUGCAUUCAGACCAGCUCCUCCAUCAGCCAUGGCAUCAGGUAAUAAAACCGUACUGCCCAGAAGAAGAGUCUCAAUUGCAACUUUAAGACCAGAACAAUCAUCAUCAUCAAUGACAACUCCAUCACGCCCUCCUCCUUCAUUCAGAGGUGACCCAAGAAAGGCAAGAUACUCAAAGCUCUUCUCUCCAGACCGCAAUAUGGUGACUCCGAAUGCAACGAAAAGCAGCAGGUUCAUGAAGAGCCCUCUCGGAGGAGGAGGCAGCUCGUGGAAGCCGAGCCAUCCUACUGUAAUUGCAUUACAGAAGAAGACUGUGGUGUGGAGUCCACUUAAGUUCAAGAAUAGAAGACCAUCCCUUGUAGCGAUACGACCUUCUUGUUCGUCUUCAUCCGCCACUGACAUGCUUCGAAGGGAACAAUAGUGGUAUUCGUCUCUCGAUUUUUUAUUCACUGUCUUCGUGAAAGUAUUUGUAUUCUAAACAUUCAGGUCGUCUUCUGUAAAACAUUGAAGUAGGAUUAUGUUGUUUUUUCUUUUCUCUUCAAACUGUUUUCGAUUUGUUAUAACUCUAAAGAGAUCUUGUGAAGUGGUUUUGAUUGAUCUCUCAUCUUUGUUUUUUU